GACGGAAAAAAACGUACACGCCGACUUCCUAGAUUUCUAAUUUUUAUAUUUAAAACAAUUAAAUAAAAAAAAUUAACGCACAUUGUGCAUUACUACUUACUCGACUCAGUAUUAAUUAUUAUACUAUUUGAAAUAAUUAAUGCAAAAUUAGUAAAUUUCUCGUCUGCUGCCACAUUAUUACUAAUAGCAUAUUUUUAUACAUUUAUAUUUUACUAGUGACAAUAUUUGGCAACGUACAUUCGUGUUUGUUUUUUUUUCUAAAUAUUUUUUACUAAUCUACUUGAAAAACGUUUAAGUUUGUAAAAAUGAGCGCUCAAGCUGUAGAAUUACUGGAGUUCAACGGAAACGACGAUGACUGUACGCACAUCAUCAAACGGAACGAAACGACGAUCAUGUUGAGCCAGGGAUCGCACAAGAAAGGCAGUUCGAAGCUGAAGUUGAAAAACUUGGUCGACUUCAACUGGGAAGAGCGUUAUUACAAAGGCCGUUUAAUUGCUAUGCACAUCGGUGGAACCGUCUUGGCCUACGCCUUUGUUAAACCCAAUUCUAAGGAAGGGCUCGUCAGAGUCAUUAAGACAACGACCAAUGAAAGAGCGUUAAUAAAAGGUUUUUCGAGUUUGAUUGAAGACAUCAGCUUUGCUCAUCUUUAUGAGGUACUGAUGCUAGCGUGUAUCAAUCAAAACGGUACGGUACAUGUGUACGUGAUCAAUGAAGACGCUUCUGCAUCCAAAUAUUUCACUGUUAUACCAAUACUUGAAAUUAAAGGGGAUCCAUCAUUUUGUUUCCACGAUUAUUUUAUAUCCUGGUGUCAAUUUGUACCUGAAGAAGGAAACAUUAAAGAGCUUGAGUAUGAACCAAAUUAUAAUGGGAAAAUCUUGGCCGUUGCACGUGGUUGUACAACUGAAAUAUGGCAUAUUGGCAUCGCAAGCACAUACACAGCUGGUCCGAUUUUUUCAAAUUUCGAUUUGAAUAAAUCUUUUGACAAAACUACGAUAAAGUACUUGGAGACAUCUUUGAUUAAUAUUGAUUUAAAAGAAGACGCCAUUAUUGUCGAUAUUGCAUUUUCUGCCGAUGGCUCUAAUGUGGCAUUAGCUCUCAGCAGCGGAAGCGUAUACUUUUAUCAGAUAUCGUUUGAAAACGUUGAUGACUUCCCAAAAUGUGUAUACAAUUGGCAUCCUCAAGAAGUGUUUUUGUGUUUAAAGUCAAUGAUAUUUUUGGACAAUCGUAAAGAAAUUCAAGGGGCGUCGAUGGAAAUACUAUCAUGGAAAUACUUAGUGACGAUGACUAAUCAAAACGAGAUACGUUUGUGGUGUUGUGAAUCAUGGGAAUGUCUUCAAAUAUUGUCAUUUGUCCAACCGAUUGGAGUGGAUAGUCCGAUGAAACUGACCGUUGAUGGAACUGGAAAAUACUUGUUUUUGAGCAACAUAAGCAAUAAUUUGUUGUAUGUCAUGGAAGUAGCUCUGGAUGAAAAUUCUCCUAAAAAAUCUUUGAAAAUUGUCAGCGUCACUGAAAUUAUAUUGCAAAGUCCAAUACUGAACAUGAUUAUUGUUGACACAAAAACUGAUAACGAUUCAAAUUUGAUAGAUCUCAUUUCAGGCGAUCAUCUACCGGUGAACAUGUCCAGCCAAUACAGUAAAACUAUGAUCAUCAAUUUAUACGCAAUACAACCGAAAUCGCUUCAAGAAGGUCAAAUAAUUAUUACUACACCUGAUAGAUUUGGAUCGGAGAAUCUUAAAGAAGAAACAAAGAAAGGCUGGCCAUCAAAUCCCAUUAUAUGUCUUAAAAGUCUGCUAGCUGAUGAUUUCCCAUUGCCGCCUCACGUAGCCAGCACUAACACAAACGAUUUCGUUCAAAUGAAUCCGGUUAGAAAUAACCCAAAGCUCACUCCAAUGGAAAUACAUAACUUGGUCAAAGAAAAAUUAAAGUUGAAGGGAAUAGAUAUCAGUCCAAAAAGGAACCCAAAUCCCGCACAAAAUAAGAAGAAAAUCAUCAAACCAGCUCCAGUUCAGACUCCGAUUCAGUCUCCGGAACAGACUCCUGAGCAUAAGGCCACUUCUCCACUGUUGUAUUCUCCUCAACGCCCCACUCUACUUAAGAGCGUAGACUGCAGUCCACCCGCAGAUGAAGUUCAAGAAAUUCUCAACAACUCUGAGUGUGACUUAAACGAAACUAUAUCUAUAAUGGAGGCUGUAGACUAUGAACGUGCGGUCGAUUAUUCAACUGAAAUUGAAAGCGAAGAAACUAAUUGUUACACCGCAGACCCGAUGGACAACCGCAAGACAUUGUCGCCAAUAAUACAAGUGGACGAUAACAGUGCCGCCAUGAGCAACGGCAUGGCCAAUCAGAUGGACGAAGUUUAUACGGGCCUGCAAGAAUUGAGCAGUCAGCUGAAAUUGCUGAUAAAGAGAAAUAACCAACUUGAGAGCCAAGUAAACACUGCUCUACUGACACCGGCCAACAGAAAGACAGUUGUUGCUGAUCUCAUACAAAAUCUCGAACCCAUUAUGAAGGCUAUAGUGAAAAAAAGUAUUGAUGUGAUGGAGAAGAAAGUUGAAACAGCGUUGGACGCUAAGCUGAUAGCGUUGGAAAACAAAAUUGUUAAUGUUGUUUCCACUUUGGCUGCUAACAGAGAUGACAUAGAAUCGUUCACACCCGCAUUGAUGGAUUUGUUAAGCCCGGCUUUGGAUGAGAUUUUAAAAGAUUUGUUUAUGACUAAGGUUGUUCCAAAAUUCGAACAAGCCUGUUGUUCAAUGUUCAAGCAAAUAGACAUGUCGUUUAACGAGAGAUCGUUGGAAUAUCAAAAUGAAUUGAAAUCUUUGUUGGGCGACGAAGCCCAUGGUAACAGUAACGGUAACAAAGUGGAAAUCGAUAUCGAGAAAGUUGUUGACGGGAUGGGUAGUGUAAUGAAAGAAAUGGAACUAAACUUGUUGAACUCACACAAUGAAUUGCAAAGAACCAUUUUCCUAUUGCUGAAGAGACCUAAUUUGCAAGUACCAGAUUCUUUCGUCAGCGAUGAGGAUAGUAUUAGCAGAAUCAUAACAAAUCUACUGGAAAACGGCGAAAAUGUUUCAGCUUUUGAAACGGCACUGUCGGCAUCUAACUUGGAAUUGGUACUUUACGUUUGCGAAAAUGUUACAGUAACUCCCGAAGAACUGUUCCAAAACGCGUCCAUGACAACUCCGAUCGUAUUAUCAUUGAUUCAACAGUUGUCUUUCGAUUUGUCAAACAGCACAGAACUAAAGCACAAAUUCUUGGAAGCCGCCGUUGGAAGUUUGGACUACACAAAUGACCAUCACAGAGAGAACAUCACUUUGGUUCUGAGAAGAAUGGAAACUAAUAUUGAGAAGUUUUUAAGCCUCAAUCCGCACAACCCAUUUUGUCGCAAGAUAAAAAUGCUACAACUCGCCGUCAAGACCAUGAUAAAUUUCAACGUUACUCAACAACAAUAAGCUGCCCCCUAAUUUAUUACACGUUUACAUAAAAUACGUAAUUACGAAUGACGUAUAUUUCUACUUUUACUUAGCCAAGACAUGACCUCAUCCUCAAUAAUUGUGUCAUUUAAAAAUUAUAAUUUUACUCAUUUUUUUUUUUGAUUGUAAUUAUUUGCUUAUUAACUACGUAUUUGGUUCACUGAACUGUGUGAAGGACACUAUUUAAAUUCAGUGAUUGUAUUAAAAAACUGUAAAAUCCAAAAGCAUUUAUUUGUUAAUUUUUUUUUUUUU